AUGCUACACCUCCUCCUCCCCACCCUCCUCUCCACCCUCCUCCUCCUCACCACCCCAACCCACGCCACCAACUCCACCAUCCUCGUGAAAAACAACUGCCCCUUCCCGCUCUACAUCACCAGCGUCUCCUCGACCGUCGGCCCCACGAUCCCCCUCGGCGGCGGCGGCGGCACCUGGACGGAACCCCAACACAAAGACCCCCUAACCGGCAUCGCGAUCAAAGUCGCCGUCGCGCAGGACGCGCUGUACGCCUCGAAGCCGGUGCUGACGUUCGGGUACACGGUCGACUACGGCGUUCCGGAUGUGUACUACGAUUUGACGACUACGUAUGGGUUUGCGGAGGAGCUGAGGGGCAAGAAGAUUGCGGUUAAGGGGGACGAGGGGAAGGGGGUGCCUGGGAUUACGUGGGAGGGCGCGCCGCCGGGGGAGCAGCAGACGAAGAGGUUUGUUGGGACGACGGAUUUGACGCUUGAGGUUUGCUCUUGA